AUCGGCGCAUGCGCGCGCGCGCGCGGGCGCGAAUCGCCAAAAUGGUGAACGUCUUGGUGGCUCUCAUUCGCGGCGCGAAGCGAGGCCUAUCUGCGGCGGUUCAAAACGGUGGCGGCGGAGCGAACGGUGAACGGUGGUUAUUGCACGUCGCGAAGGAGGUUCGAGCGUGCACGGCCGAAUAAAGGCGCGCAACGCGCAUUUUAUAACGAGACACCCCGUACUCGCCGCUCGUUCACCACACACGCGUUUUCCUCUUUUCCCCCUUCCUCGGCGCUUCGAACCGCGCCGCGCCGCGCCGCGCUGCGCCGAUCCGAUCCGAGCCGUUCGUUUUGCCCGCUAGCGAGUCGCGGGCGCGUAGUUCGUAAGUGCGCGUAGACCUCGUCGUGUCACGCGGAGAAUUCGUGUCGUGGACCGCUUGCACAAACUUGCGCGAAAGGGAAAGAGGGUCUACGGGAUCGCUCGCACGUUCACCAGGGAUCUUUGUUACAGCGGUCGCCGAUGAUAGUGUCCAUAGUGUCGUCGCGAAUACCCUCGACGAACUGCCCGCCGCGAAGAGACGCGGAGGAGCGAGCCAACAAGUGCGACUUUCGCCGAUUAUGGAUAGGAGAGAGCGCGUUUACGAGCGCGUCGAGUGCCCUCAAGCCAGUCUGUGAAGCAUAUUGAAGGCGGCGUAGGCGAUCAAACCGCCGUUGUGUUCGCGCAAGCCGGACGCUGUCAGCCGAGAGAGCAACACGUAUAUCGAAGCUUCCACCGACCGUCUUACACGUCCUGUGUAACAUCGUCAAUCACUCCGACGGUCAUCGCGAGAGCCUCCUCUCGCUGAUGAUCCAUUACGCGUGGCAAGCUUGCGCGCGGCCGGGAAAGCGGCUCCGUUGACUUUUCACGAAGCGAGCGAGCGCGCAUGCCAAGCGGAAUUUCUGCCAGUCGUAUCGUAUGAGAGCGUAUCGUUUCGCGGACGACUGAUGCGAUGUCGUAACAUUUCCCUUCCUCUCGCCCCUCUCCUCUUGCGCGCUCGCGCUUACUUGCUCCCCUUUUCUCCUAAGGUAACUGUGUGGUACACACGAGGGGCGACGGCGUCGGAGGAAGGAGUCCAGAGGCGAAUUCAUACGUUCAAUAUUGUUGGGUUGAACCUCGCUCGAUGACAGCGGAGUAUCAACUUCUGAUAGGAUCUCGAGGAGCUGAACGACGUAAUGUUGCAAAUGUUGACACCUCAGGGAGCCUCGAAACUCUGUACGGUAUAGACGUGCUUCUGUCUGGCGACAAGAUACAGGACGAGAGUUACAAUUGGACAGUAUUCGUGUAUCCUGCUUAGAGGCUGGAACACGCGCUUCACGCUCGGCAGUUACGCACUGCUGUUAUUGCUGCUGCUGCUGCUGCUGCUGGAUGUUUACCCCGUGCGGACAGAUGGACAGAUAAUAAUCGAGAGGAAGAAAGAGACCGAGUUCACCGAGGCUUCGAAAGUAUCGUUUGUGCGAAUUACGGCAGACAGCUCGUGUCAUCGUUCGUAUUAACAUCGACAUUCGGCAUGUGAAGCACGGCUCGCUACGGAUGACUCAAGGGUUUUCCCCGAGAGAGAAUCCUGCAGGAAGGUAGUCGCGGAUGGUCUCUCUCACUGGCUAAACGAGUUUCGCUACGCGACAAGGAACAUCGCGAAGCGAUUUCUACGAGAGGGUCGGUCGCCAAUAAUCACAGUCGUGAGAAACGCGCGAUGAUUUUUGCGAGAGCAACCUGUUAAACCGUACAACCGAGGCCUAGCGCGAGAGGCAGAAGAAGGCUAGAGAAGUUAGCAAAAUUGUGCUUGCACGAUUCCUCGAGUGUGAAGAUCAGCUGAAAUGACGUCACGUCACCAAGCCGGAUUUAAGUUCCGCCCACCGUGCGUGCGGAUGCGUGCAUAUAUUGAGCAUAGAGUCACAAAAUGGUAUCGAGACGGAAGAUACUCUCGCGCUCGCGAGACAACCUCGUAGAAUCGCAGUAUGAGGAACAAGAGGAGGAAGAUAUAUGGUAUAAUUUGGAUAAAUUAUACAAGGAUCACAUACAAGAAGUCUUAGAUAAAUGGAAUCAAAUAGAUGACGAAAUAUGGGCGAAAGUUAUCGUGUUCGAGAGGAACAGACGGGUUGCGAAAGCUUAUGCCAGGGCACCUGUUCUCACAAUAAACGGUUCAAACGACGGAUUUGACGGAUUCAGAAUAGGACUUUGUGGAUUUGACAAUCCUAUGAGAGAUCCGAAAACGGAAGAAGCCAAACGUCACAUAAAUCAAGGAGUUAAAAUUAAAAUGGACGAACAAGGCAACAUACUGAUCAAGAGAUUGUGCAAGAACAACGUGUACGUCAAGUCCACAAAUCAGGAGGACAACGCGAUCGGUCCAGAAAUCAUACGUAAUUCGCAAGGUGCGCUCGAACAUGAAAAACCAGGCAAGUUAUUCGAUAUGAAUAAAUUUCAAACAAAUCUGUCACGAGAAACACGGAGGGCUUACCCGGACAGACGAAGAUUGGAAAUGCAAUGUCUCAGCGCUAUUAUAUUCGUAAGAAUGGAAGCCGAUUUGCUUCAGUGUCCCGUGUGGGUACUUAUCGUCAAUGUUGUCGGUUUGGACAUGCUCAAGUCAAAGCUGCCACCAGUUUUAGCAUUACAAAGGCCGGUUGAUAUAAAAAAUAGACCUAGAAUACCAAUUCCUGACGAAGAUCCUUAUAGCGUGGCAGGCGUGUCGUCGUCCGUAGGAGGUCCUAGCGAAAUAAUACCAGGGGACAGAGACUCUCGAGAACAAAUCUACAUGCAGUCGACGAGUUACCAACAUCGACGUACAGAGAGACCGCCGAAACUGCCUCCUAGAGAGAAUCUCUACGGCCACGGCAUCCCUAAGCCUGAUUAUGAUGAUAUAGAAGAUGACUACACCAGAGCGAUGAAGCAUCCUAUAAUGAACGAUGAGAAACGAAGUAAACACGACGACAGAAAGAAAUACGAUGACCCAUACUAUUGUGGUUUACGAGCGCGUGUGCCUAAUUUCGUAAAAAUGGCGAGGAACGGUCAAAGCAAAUUGGGCCCUCCUCCUCCUCGAGGACAUGUCAGGACACAACCUGCACCAUCUUAUGCAGGUGCUGCAUACGCUAGUAGUCAAUCUUCUCAAAUAUAUGGUCAUCUGCCCGCCCAUCGACCGCCCAUUAUGUACCAUGCUAGAAGUUUCGAGAGCGGACUUGAUUCGGACAAUAGGAACGAGUCACCGUAUAACCACAUAUACGGAAGGUUACCGAUCCCGACGAGAGGCGUAAUACCUCCGACUCCGCGUGCUAUGUAUAUUGGAGAGUGGGACUAGAUAAUAAGAAAUAUCUCGGCGUUUGUACCUAUAAACUGUAUAUUGUUAAUAUACUACAUAAAUACUCAUAUUUUUAUGCUA